UUCCGUGACAGUAGGGUCAGCGUGACUGAUUUAUCAACAAUAACAAGAGCUACGCGGAACAGUUUGGCGAUCAAAGUGCGAGACCUCAAAUGACAUGACGUGGAUAAACUGACGGUUAGGAGUUAGUUUGAAUUACAGCGUCCUGUCCCGCGUCUCACUGAGGAGCUGCUCAUUCAAUGUAAGACACUUUAUGAUGAUGGAGGGAUGUUUUCGGCUCUAGCUAGCUAAAUAUUAGCUGAAGUAUGGUCAUUGUCAGGUGUUGACAUACAAAGAGUGCUGUUAUCUCUGAAGCCUGUUGUGAGGACGCUGAGCAGAGCCCAGUCUCUUUUGCUGGUUUGCGGCUACAUUUAUGCGUUUGAGCCCUGACACUCGAAAGACAAAUAGCUUUUGUAGAAAAAGUAAACAUUGUUUUAUGGCACAGCUGUGACUGUGGACCUGUGAGGACAAAUCGCACAGCAGUUGUAUAAGGUGCGUGGUGUGGGCCAGUGCAAUGGAAGCUUCAGAUACAGAAGGCCGCACCUUUAUGCAGGCGAUCAGUGAGAAGUACAGCCCAGAAAACUUCCCUUGCCGUCGGGGUCCAGGCAUGGGGGUGGUUGUGCCUUCUGGACAGCAGGGAUCACCUAUGAAAGACCGUCUGAACCUGCCCAGUGUUCUGGUUUUGAAUGGCUCUGGAAUCAGUCGUGCAGGAGAAGAGGGAGAAAUCGCUGCCUUCUGUGCUCAUGUAAUCGAACUUGAUCUGUCCCAGAACAAGCUCCAAGACUGGCAUGAGAUCACCAAGAUUGUUUCUAACAUCCCGAACCUGGAGUUCCUGAACCUCAGCUCUAAUCAGCUGAGUGAUGCAGUCUUGGACCCGGACUGCGCAAAGGCCUUCUCUAGCAUCCGCCGCCUCGUUCUUAACAAUACCCAGGUGUCCUGGGACACAGUGCACACAUUCACACGAGAGAUGCCUGAACUAGAGGAGCUGUUCCUGUGCCUUAAUGAGUACACCACUGUGACACCGGCCGCAAUGCCCUGCCCCACACUGCGUCUGCUCCACAUCACAGAUAACAGUCUCCAGGAGUGGAGUGAAGUACGAAAAUUCGGCUCCAUGUUCCCUGCACUGGACACUCUAAUCAUGGCCAACAACAACCUGAACUCCAUUGAAGACUCUGGAGAAAUACUUCAGCGGCUCUUCCCUAACCUUAGAAGCAUCAAUCUGCACAACUCAGGACUUAAUCGAUGGGAGGACAUUGAAAAGCUAAACUGUCUACCCAAACUGGAAGAAGUAAGGUUGCAAGGCAUUCCUCUACUGCAGACUUACACAAGCCCGGAGCGUCGCAGUCUAAUGAUAGCCCAACUGCCAUCAGUAAACAGCUUGAAUGGGAGUGUCGUGACGGAUGGUGAGAGAGAAGAUGCUGAGAGAUUCUUCAUCCGUUAUCACUUGGAUCAUUCAGAGGAAGAGCUGCCUCACAGAUACCACUGCUUGGUGACCAAAUAUGGGAAGCUGGCUCCUCUGGCUGAGAUUGACCUGAGACCACGUUGCCACGCCAAGGUGGAGGUGCGUUUUGAAGACAAAGUGGAGCAAGUGAACAUCCGUUUAGACCAGACCGUCGCAGAGCUGAAGAAGCAGCUGAGGACUGUAGUGCAGCUCCCCACCAGCAACAUGCGCCUUUACUACAUCGACAAAGGUUCUGCCUUCGGCCCUGACGAGUUGAAAUACAGCGCACGGGCCUUGCACUCCUACAGCAUUCAAGAUGGGGAUGAGAUCCUGGUAGUUCCCAAAACAAAAUAACCAUCUUUCUCCAGGAUCACUUAAAGCUAUGUUUAAACAACCAAAUCCACUUUGAACUAGCGUCAUCUAAGCUCCACAGAGUGAAUGGGACUGUCUUUCAGGGAAAAACUUCUAGGAUUUGCUGGGGCUUCAGUUCGGCACAUAAUGUGUCACGUCACUACACGGUCAUAAGAAACACCAUGACUCGUGUGCACCUUUGGUUUUGUUGCUGUUAUUAAGGGUUUCCUUUUUAUCUUCAGAGUUCACGAGCACCCCUGUAUUUUCAAACGUCUGUUUCUUCAAGAAUAAAGCACAGCGGAGGGCUCUGGCAGCCCAGGAUGUGCUUUUUACAGAUUUUAAGACAAUCACCCAUAGCUGAAAGAAAAUGUUGCACUGCACUGAUGUCUUAAAGAAGAAAUUAUGGAUAUCCAUUGCCUGCUGAUGUGUGUCGUAUGCUGUCAGCCAGUAAUUACAUGCAAAAGACUCUCAGGCCUUAUAUAUUGAAUGGGCAGUGCUAGAUUCACAUGAGGAAAGAUUUGCAAAACAUCUUAUUCACAAAUGUUUUUAAAUGUCCAGUUCAUUUUUAUAUUCCGACUGAAGAAUCCAGAAGGGAAUUGCGCAUGCAUGUGCAAUUUUUUUUGUUUCAGUCCUUUUGAAUAUUUCUAUUAGUACUUUCUCUGCUGCUUUGGAAGUGGGCACUCAAACUUGUAUACUAUCAGUCAAAAGUUUUUGAACAGUGAGAUUUGUAAUGAUUUUUAAAGAAUUCUUUUCUGCUCACCAAGCCUGCAUUUAUUUGAUCCAAAAUACAGCAAAAGCAGUAGUAUUAUAAAUUAUUUUUACUAUUUAAAACAACUGUUUUCUAUUUGAUUUGAUUUUUAAAGUGUAAUUUAUUCCUGUGAUCAAAGCUAAAUUUUCAGCAUCAUUACUCCAGUCUUCAGCAUCACAUGAUCCGUUAGAAAUCAUUCUAAUAUGCCGAUUUGCCGUUCAAGAAACAUUUUUAUUAUUGUUAUUAUUAUCAAUAUUUAAAACAGUUGAGUACAUAUUUUUUCAGGAUUCUUUGAUGAAUAGAAAGAUCCAAAGAUCAGCAUUUAUCUGAAAUAAAACGCUUCUUACAUUAUACACUAUACCAUUCAAAAGCCUGGAGUCAGUGUAUAUAUAUAUAUAUAUAUAUUUUUUUUUUUUUUUCUUAUUAAUAUUAUAGAAAGUAGUACUUUUUAUGUAUCAAGGAUGCUUUAAAUUGAUCAAAAGUGAUGAUAAAGACAUUUCUAAUAUUACAAACCAACUCUAUUCAUCAAAGAACCUGAAAAAUUCUGUUCAGCUGUUUUCUACGUAAUAAUAAUAAUAAAUGUUUUUUGAGCAGCAAAUCAGAAUAUUAGAAUGAUUUCUGAAGGAUCAUGUGACUGGAGUAAUGAUUCAGCUUUAUAUUUUACAUUUUAAAAUAUAUUCAAAUUGAAAAGCGUUAUUUUAAAUAGUAAAAAUAUUUCAAAAUUUUAUUGUUUUUGCUGUACUUUAGAUCAUAUAAAUUCAGGCUUGGUGAGCAGAAGGGAAUUCUGCUCUGAAAAAAAAAAUAAAACAAUAAAAGUCUUACUGUUCAAAAACUUUUGACUGGUAGUGUAUCUCCAAUACAAAGCACACGCUGGGAAAAGUGCUUAUCCUCAUUUCACUUGUAUUCAUAUUAUGGAGUGUGUUGAUUUGGAUAUUUUACUCUUGGAAUAAUGAGAUAUGACAAAACAUAAGUCUGCCAAAGAUUAUUAUUCACAGUAUUUACUAUUGAUUUACUGAUUAGUGUUAUCUGUUAAAAACAAAACAAAUUAGUGGUAAACCAAUCAUAGUAUAUGACUAUAUCAAGCCAGUAUAAUAUAACCAGGAAAUUUAAUUUAGCUUAAUAUAGGUUAGUUUGUUUAUUCAUCAGAGCAGAUUGAGCAUUAAAUCACUUGCUUACUAGUGGAUCCUUUGCAGUGAAUGGGUGCCGUCAGAAUGAGAGUCCAGGCAUCUCAUAAAAACAUCACAGUAAUCUACAUGUACUCCACACAGCUCCAGUUAACAUCUUGUGAAGUGUAAAGCUGCGUGUUUGUAAGAAACAAAUUAAUCAUUAGGACAAAAUUUCUUUCUCCAGUGGAAAAAAAUCAUGUCAUCUCUAUCAGGAGAGAUGUGCAUAUUUCUCUCCUGAUUUAGAUUAAAUGACUUUUUCAAGGAAACAGUUUUAAACCAAUAUGUCAGUGGAUUUUGAUGUGAGAGGAAAACAGGAUAGACUUGAGGCGUAUGGAUCACUUGUAGAUUAUUGUGAUGUUUUUAUUAGCUGUUUGGACUCUCAUUCUGAUGGCACCCAUUCUCUACAGAGGAUCCAUUGGUGAGCAAAUGAUGUAAUGCUAAAUUAAUUAAAUUCUAAAAGUCUUCAUUCUUCAUAACAUCUUUUGUAUUCCACAGAAAAAAGAAAAACUUACAGAUUUUGACUGACAUAAGGGUAAGUAAAUGAUGUUUUCAUUUCUGUGUGAACUACCCUUUUAAAGAUACUGCAGCUUGUCUAAAAUAAACAUGCAAUGCAAGACUGUUACCUUACGGUACAGAAAGCAACAAGUUUUUUUUCUACAGGAGUUCUAGGAUAAAACCAGCAAAUUAUUUAUUCAUACCUGGUACAUUGAUCAAAUCAGUGCAUGAACCUCAUUUGCUCGCCAUACUGAAUUCAGCAAAAACCCACCAUGUUUAGUAACUGAAACUGGUGAAAAUGUAGUUUGUUGCUUUUUUUAUUAUUAUUUCAUAUAUAACAUGAUAGCAUGACUUGAAGGAUUGGACUGAAUGGAAAAGCACUGAGAUCCUUUCGGCGUAACUCACAAAUGCUUAGGUUAGUAGUAGAUUAGCUUUUCUCUUAUGUACUGAUAUAUAAAAGUGUAUGAAAAAUAUGCGAGAAUACUGAAGGUUAGAUUUCUCAUGAAACAUUUCAGGUUUCACGUCGGUAAGACGUGAUUUAAACCAUGCUGUUUGAUUUAAGUUGUAAAUCAGAAUUUGGAAUCAGUUUUUUAUAACCAAAAAGUAAAAUGAGUAGAUAGUCAGAGAUUUAAUGACUUGUAUGUGUAUAACUUAAAUUAAAGUGGGAAGUAAAAUGUUAAAAUCAGCUCCCAUAGUUGUAGAAGUAAUUUAAGGUUGUUGUUGGGUUGGGGGAAGAAAGACGAUGAGGAUUAUAUAACAAGGUAGCAUCUGCUAUGCCUUUAACACUCUUUAUGCCUUUAUCUGCAACCCCUAAUCAAACAUUAAAGCAGAAAUGAAGCGCUGUUUUUUUGUCUCUAGGAUUUCCUUUUAGAGUAUCAAUAUUUGAUGAUCUGUGCCCACACAGGACAUGCUAUUGAUAUUAGGGGUUCACUUUUGCAUAAUUAUUUUAUGGUUUUUCUAUAUGUAUGCAUUAUUAAUAUUCCAAUGUUACGACCUUGAAGGUAAUGCCACUUAAACUGUGACUGGCGCAUAUGAAGUGUGAAGAUAAAAAUUGUAACAUUUACUACUGUACCACUGAAGAGAAUGUUUACCAAGUGAAAUUGACUGAAAUUACUUUUGCCAUUUAGCACACUUUUCAAUCAGUGUGACUCAGUACACUAUUGCUGUUAUAUCCAAAUACAUUUUACAUUUUAAUUUUUCUGUCUUUCUUAGCAUAUUAUGUGUUGCAUUAUCUGUUGUACAUUUGCUGUUCUUAAUAUUCAGUUACAGUUGAUUUGUAAAGGGUGUGUAAAAGGCGGUUAAGUGUCGAAGGGAUGAGAAUUCCAGAGAGUCAUUUAUCUAAUGGAUGCAUUAGGCCUGUUAUUGUAAUAUGUAACACUUACAUACUUCAGUUGAGUUGCACACAGUCACACCAUUAAUGUGUUACAAUUUUCAAAUCAGAUUUGACUGUUUUAUACCAUAUGAUUUGCCAGUAUAUGUGCACACUAAUGUAUCUAUGUUUGAAAGUUGAAUGGAGUGGGACAAAGGAAAAAUAAACUUUUACCAACUGUCA